AUGAAACUCAUCCUUUUACUAUUGAUUUUUACGAUCACUCAAGCGGUGAUUGUGAGAAAACCGGAAAACCUUUUCUCCCGUGGCCCGCUCGACUAUGGAAAAGUGCUUUUGGAUGCCGACUCGGCGUCACUUUUCGUUGGAGCAAGGGGAAGGAUUUUUCGCCUCUGGGCUUACAAUAUAAAUGACACAAGCGAGAAAUUGUUCUCCGAAAAACCGCUAACAAUUUCGAGCUCUGAAAUGGCUGAGUGUCGAUCGAGUGGAAAUAGUGAAGAGGAUUGUCAAACCUUUGUUAGGACAAUGUUUUUGAAAGAUCAACGAGAAAAUCUUAUGAUUUGCUCGUCAGCAGCUCUAAAACCCGAGGUGCGAAUCCUUGACGCGAGUCGACUCGAAGAUAAAGAAGAUCCACAAACAAUUAUCGGUCUUUGUGCACCCGAUAAAAUCAUGAAUACAACAGCCGUACUUGUCGAGCUCGGCAACCCCCGCGGACUUCCCAUCGUCUAUUCGGGCAUUCGAACGGGGAUCACCGGCGAGAACCAUCUCAUCUAUCGGCCGGCGAUCGUCGAGAAUUCCCGAGAGAUUUACCCGUCGAUGCGCACAAUUUACAAGGAUGACGACUGGUUAAAUGAACCCCAAUUCGUCGGCUCUUUUGACGUUGGCGAGCACGUGUAUUUCUUUUUCCGCGAGAUCGCCAACGAGGCGAGCCACGACGAGAAAAGGAUCUACUCGAGAGUUGCACGGAUUUGUAAGAAAGAUCUCGGCGGUAAAAGUCAACUCCGCCAAGUGUGGACCUCAUUUGUGAAGGCUCGCCUCAAUUGUUCCCUUCCUGGCAAUAUCCCAUUCUAUUUCGAUCAAAUUCGAUCGGUCACCAAAUCUGAAUUCGAAGGGGAGACGCUUUUCUACACGGGAAUGUCCACCUCCGAUUCGGCGUAUCCCACCUCGGCAAUCUGUGUCUUCCAGUUGAAAGAUAUCAACCAUGUCUUUGAUCAUGGGCUUUUUACGGACUUGGUCGAGAACCGACGCCGGGAAAUUGGGGCCGAUCCUAACACAGGACACCGACCCGGGACUUGUGUCCCCGAUUCGCAAAGUCUUGACCCGGAUGCGUUGAAUUUCAUCAAAUCGCAUAAUUUAAUGCACUCGGCCAUUUCAAGUAUGCCACCGAUUUUGACGCAAAGGGACGCGUUUUUCCACCAAAUUCACGUCGACAUUCGCUCCGAGCACAACGUCAUUCACGCGAUCGAUAAACACUCGUCAAAAUUGUGGAAAGUCUCUCAUUGGAGAGAUGGAUCCGAGUGGAAAUCGAUGAUUCUAGAGAAAGAGACAACAUUGGAUAUUGGAGGCUUUGAUGAGGGAAAUCGAAUCGAAGACAGCACAUUGAUGAAUGCAGAGUUCCUCUACACAACUUCUCCACUCGGCGUCCAUCAAUUCCCGCUCAGCUCGUGUCAACAAUGGUUAGCUUGUCAGUCAUGCGCCAUCGAUGCAUAUUGUUCAUGGAAUGUGGCAAGGGGAGAGUGCUUUCCAAGGGAGAAAAUCCAUCAGCAAAGUGUCGGCUGGGUCACCUCAUGGCCGGGUCGGGGCACCCGCGAGUGCAAAUCGGUGGCAAGGCCAGUGUUGAAAAAGGUAUUCCCGGGCGAUUCGAUUCAUUUCACCUCUCAACCCUCAACACAAUGGUUUCGCGAUGGAAUUCAAUUGAAAAGCGACACGCGAACACUUUUUACGAAAGAAAACGGACUCGUUUUGAUGGAUUUAUCGAAAAAUGAUAAUGGAGAUUACGAGGGAAUUGUUGAUGGGAAAACGAUUGUGAAAUAUCGAUUGAUUGUUGAUCAUGAAGAUUGUGCUCAACCAAAAACCGUCUCUUCAUUCAAAGCGGCCCAACGGGAAUGGUGUAAGAAAAUGGAUGGAUACAAGAAAAAUUACGAGAAAUGGAAGAUCUGGUUCGAGAAUAAUCAACAAUGUCCCGUCACUCAAAAUGUCUCCGCUGCACCAAAUCGA